CAGGCUGAGAGCUGAGAAGAGUGGGCAGUGGAGGAGGCGGCUGGGAAGCCUGUGGAAAUUUCAGAGAGGAGGACCAAGGAAAAGAAGUCCCGGUGGCCAUCUGCAGCUGAGCCAAGAUGGGUGACUGGAGCUUCCUGGGAGAGUUCCUGGAGGAAGUACACAAGCACUCCACAGUGAUAGGCAAGGUCUGGCUCACUGUCCUUUUCAUAUUCCGCAUGCUGGUGCUGGGCACAGCUGCCGAGUCAUCCUGGGGGGAUGAGCAGGCAGAUUUCCAGUGUGAUACCAUGCAGCCUGGCUGUGGGAAUGUCUGCUACGACCAAGCCUUCCCCAUCUCUCACAUCCGCUACUGGGUGCUGCAGAUCAUCUUCGUGUCCACACCAUCUUUGGUGUACAUGGGCCACGCCAUGCACACGGUGCGCAUGCAGGAGAAGCGGAAGCUGCGGGAGGCUGAGAGGGCCAAAGAGGCCCGGGGCGCUGGCUCUUACGAGUACCCAGUGGCGGAGAAGGCAGAGCUGUCCUGCUGGGAAGAAGUGAAUGGAAGGAUUGUCCUCCAGGGCACUCUGCUCAACACCUAUGUCUGCAGUAUCCUGAUCCGCACUACCAUGGAGGUGGCCUUCAUUGUGGGCCAGUACCUUCUCUAUGGGAUCUUCCUGGACACACUGCAUGUCUGCCGCAGGAGUCCCUGCCCCCACCCCGUCAACUGUUAUGUAUCCCGGCCCACAGAGAAGAAUGUCUUCAUUGUCUUUAUGCUGGCUGUGGCUGCACUAUCCCUCUUCCUCAGCCUGGCUGAACUCUACCACCUGGGCUGGAAGAAGCUCAGACAGCGCUUUGUCAAGUCUGGGCAGGGCAUGGCUGAGUGUCAGCUUCCUGGACCCUCGGCUGGAAUAGUCCAGAACUGCACACCACCCCCUGACUUCAAUCAGUGUCUGGAUAAUGGCCCUGGGGGGAAAUUCUUCAAUCCCUUCAGUAACAAGAUGGCUUCCCAGCAGAACACAGACAAUCUGGCCACUGAGCAGGUGCAAGGCCAGGAGCCAAUUCCUGGGGAGGGUUUCAUUCAUAUCCGUUAUGCCCAGAAGCCUGAGGUACCUAAUGGAGCCUCCCCAGGUCACCGCCUUCCCCAUGGCUAUCAGAGCGACAAGCGCCGUCUCAGCAAGGCCAGCAGCAAGGCCAGGUCAGAUGAUCUAUCAGUGUGACCGUCCAAUGCGGGGGAACCAGGACCAGGUGGGAACAAAGGAAGCUCAGAGAGGGAAGAUGUAACCCUACUGACCCCAUCUCUCAUUCUCAUACCUGCUCUGUUCCUUUUGGGCUUCAAGUCCCAAUGGCAUUGCUCAUUUAUUCCAGAUGGUAGGACCAGGGCUCUGUGAGUACAGGCAGAAACAUGGCUUCCCUCUCAGGCUGCUGUCCCUUCCCAUCCUCUACUCAGUGUGUGUAGAAGGCUUUUGGGUUCUUUAGUCAACUGGGUAGAGGAAGAAAAGGGAACAGUGGUAAAUCUGGCCUGGGAGGGAUAGCCAGAAGGAUAGAAUGGCUCUCUACAUACCAGCUACCACAUACCAGAUGGAUCUCCAAGUUUCUACAGCUUCCUUGACCUGAUCACCCUUCUUCUUGCAAGUAAAUAGCCCAAAGUUCCCAGCCAAUAAAGAGCAUCAAUCAAGGACCUUACAGAUGUGCUCUUGAAUCUGUUGUCUCAAUGGGUUAAAUCCUGAGUGACGGUGAGGUGGCCUUGGGCUGUCCUUGGCUGCCUUCCCUCUACCCAGUCUUACUUAAAAAGACAUCCUUGGAACUUGACCAGCAGCCUCAACUUUACAAGUGCUUUGGUAUGUACCUCUGGCAAAUGUCCCAUCUUGGUGAUGCUGCAGCCUUUACUUCUGCCAGGGUGACAACUAGCCCAUGGGGGUGCAAGCUCCCCCAGAGAGUGACUGUAUACACAGGCUCCACUGGAAUCCUUGCCACCACCUGUCAUCCUGAGGCUCUUUUACAGCUCAACCUGAUGAUAGAAACCAUCCCAUCCCUUUCUCCCUUGGCUGUUCACCCAGUGCUCCCCGAAAGACCUUAUUGACCAGAGUGCCCAAGAAGCCAUCGUCCUUUCUCAGAUCCUGACCAGAUCACCAGUCACGAAGGCCAUUGGAAUUUCCCCAGGUCUUAUUAAAACAAAGAGGGCAUUGUACUUUUCAGAUUCCCUUUGGGAAAAAAAUAAUUCUGCUGUGAAGAUAAAAAUAAAAAAAAAGAGAAAAUACUGGAAAACUGUUUUUCCCUCCUAUUUAUUUCCCUUUUUGACUGCCAACUUAGAGUGCCAAGAGGAGGUGUGAUGACAGCUAUGGAGACCCCAAAUCUCUCUCUCCCUGGAGAGUUUAGCAGGGGCAUGGAAGCAGUAAGGGAGUCUCCAGCUUUCUUAGCAGGGGCCUCAUUUAAGAGCACAGAGAUUCCUAUGUUUCCCUGGUACUCCUCAUGAGACUGCUGGAAAGCAGUGGUGACUGCAGACUGUGGAAAAGCCCUGCCUUCCCAGGGACUGGCCUGCUUUCUUUGUUCAGUCCAUCCAUAAUGGGGUCGUUGCCAUUUUGGAUGAAAGUAAAGGAUGCUUAGAAUUGGAUACUGAGAUUUAAAGGGAGAUGAUUACUUUUUAAAAUGCAUGCGUGUGUGUGUAUGUGUGUACACUGAUAGAGUGGGUGAAGGUGAAGGAAGUCUGAAAUAAGGAAAGGAAACCUUGGAUGAACUUGUGUCUUCCUGCCCUCACCUCCAGAAGCUGGUGGAGAGGCUGAGCCUCACUACUGCCAGUGGCAUUGGCCUACACAGAUGAGAGGAGAGGACAGAGGAGAGUGAAAGCUCAGGAGGCUCAGCCUCUGCCCCCCUUGCCCAUCUCCAGGCCCCUCUGCUGAUGUUUGGCUGCUAUUGGUGGGUGGAGAGAAGGAUGAGGGUAGAGAAGUAGAGGGGACUAAACCAGAUGCCAUUUAGGGAAGAAUGGCUGGUCAUCAGAGGCCCCUGGAGAGGACAUCUUUUUAUCUAUUGUCUGACAUUGGCAUUAAGACUGUCUCCAAAACAAAACAAAACAAAACAAAGACUCUCCUUCCAUCUCUGAAAUGAGUUUUGUGAAAUGAAUGUUCUUAGAUUAGAAAUCCUGUGAGAUCAGUCCUUGGUGAUGGGACUUUCAGGAAUGAAACAGGAAAUAAUAUGUGUAGUUUGUCUUAAUAAAACUUGGCCCUGUACCUAUUUCUCUUUUGUGUCCCUUCCAUGCCAUGACCUUGAAAAAAAAAUGGCGGGGCACCUGGUGGCUCAGCGGUUGAGCCUAUGUCUCAGGGUGUGAUCCCGGAACCCCGGGAAUGAGUCCCACAUUGGACUCCCUGUGGGGAGCCUGCUUCUCCCUCUGCCUGUGUGUCUGCCUCUCUCUGUGUCUCUCAUGAAUAGAUAAAUAAAAUCUUUUAAAAAGAAGAAAGAAAGAAAGAAAGAAAGAAAGAAAGAAAGAAAGAAAGAAAGAAAGAAAGAAGGAUGACAGACUUUGUGGGGUAGGGAAGCACUCAGACUCAGCCCCUCAAUCAGUAAUGCAAAUAGCUUUGGUAUUAGGCAUGCAAGGGUUAAAAACUCCCAGCUGCUAAUUUACAGCUGGAUUCCAGCAAGCUACUUAAUCUCUGAACCCUGCUUUUCUCAUUUGUAUAUUGAGCCUCAGAAUAUGUAUGUUGUUGGGUUGGUUUUUUAAAAAAAAAUUUAUUUAUUUAUUCAUGACAGACACAGAGAGAGAGAGAGGCAGAGACACAGGCAGAGGGAGAAGCAGGCUCCAUGCAGGGAGCCUAACAUGGGACUUUAUCACACCCCCAGCUGAAGGUGGUGCUAAACCACUGGGCCAAGGGGGCUGCCCAUUGUUGGGUUGUUAAAUGAGAAACUGUGAAGAGUUCAUUAGAGUGCCUGUCACUAAAUGUCACUAAAUGUCACUAAAUGGUAAUCACUGACAUUGUUGUCAUCAUUAUCUUUAUUAUUUUCAUUAUUAUGUUGAAUACAUUGUAUUUGAAAACCUGGAAUGUCUAUAGAUGAUUCCACAACUUCCCCUUAUGGAAUUCACAUCUACCUGGUCAGAUUAACUCAGGUCAAAUCAACUCAGAUUAAGGCAGAGGAAACAAUUGGAAUAGAAUUAAAUGAGAAUUCAUUUAUUAUCCAUUCUAAGAACCACAGGUUCCAGGAAA